CAAAAAUCAAAUCAUCUUAUACAGAAUUUAACGCUCUUCAAAAUGAUAAUAGCCACUUUUUAAUAUUUUUCAUGUGGAAACACCCUAUUGUACAGUGUAGAAAUAACAAAUAUAGCGAAUAUACAAUUGUAAUUUUGAAUUGGUGGUGAGAUUGAACGCCUGCAGCAAACAUCUCUCUCUCUCUAUCUGUUGUCGGUUGAAUAAGACCAUUACUCAUGUAAGAAGCAAUAUGUGUGCAUGUCGUUCGGUACAAUGCACUGAUGUAGCAAAGUGCCUCGCUGGAUUGUCUUUAUAAACACACCAUUCGAUGCUAACAUCGUUUCAAAGCGAUGUAUGGGUGAGCGCAGAUGAAUGGAUAGACGAAUGGACGAGAUGAGUACAGCUUAUAAAUACACGAUGCUUUCACUCGACAGCAUUCAGUUACCAAUUGGUGGUUGAAGAAUAAUAAUCGCUUUUUAAAUGGUAUAAAGUCAUAACGACUAAAUCACAGUAUUUGAGUGAUAUAAAUCUAGAAAAUUAAACGAAUAAAAAAUCAGUCGCUCACCAUUUACAUUAAUUAUGCAAAUUGAAUUUUGCCAACAUUUUCAGUGAUAAAAACGAUCUGCAGUGGAAUUUACAUUUUGCUAAUAUUGACUGUGACAGUUGGCACAUGAUUUGCGGAUAAAAUCUUACAUCAACAAUUAAAUUCUAGUCAUGUUUUGAGUUAGUGUUCACAUUUCUCUCCCUCUCUCUCUCUCUCUCUCUCUCGAAGUUUAUAUAUUUCGUGAAAAAAUUCCGAUAAAUUUAAAAAUUGGAGAGAUUCAAUUGAAAAUACAGAUUGAUUGGCAGAUAAAUCAGUUUCAAAAGUGAUCAUAACGUGUUUAAUUUUCAUGAGUAAAUUUAUUUGUGCGUGUUUUUUUGUACCGAACGAAAACUAUGUUCAUUUAAAAUGGAAAAAAGUGUGAAUAAUUUAAAGGCUCGCAAAGAAAUUACAAAGCGACCGUCAACAUUUCGAUGCAUUUUUAAACAACCAAGCAUUUCUUCAUCAUUAACGUUACCCAUUCGCAUUGCACCAGCUUGGGGACGUAUGCUACGUUUUGGACAAACAACUAAAUUUAAAACCGAUGAAUUCUUUCAGGCAGCAGAGUCUGGUGAUUUGGAAAAUUUUGUUCGUUUGUAUCAAGGUGAUAAUAGCCGUUUAACAGUAGCAGAUGCUCGAGGGCGCUCAGCAUCGCAUCUUGCCGCAGCAAAAAAUCGAGUAAACAUACUGCAAUACAUACAUGCACAACAAGGAAAUAUGAACGCUCCCGAUGCCGCUGGAAAUACCCCGUUACAUUUGACUGUGAAUGACGAUGCAUUUGAUGCGAUGGACUAUUUGCUCUCAAUUGGCGUAAGCGCAAAUGUUCUAAAUGAGAAAAAACAGUCAUGUAUUCAUUUGGCGACCGAACUAAACAAAGUAACUGCAUUAAAAGUGAUGGGCAAUUAUCGUAAUAUUAUCGAUAUUCAAAAAGGUGGCGAACACGGCCGCACGGCACUACAUCUAGCAGCCAUCUACGAUCACGAAGAAUGUGCACGCAUUUUGAUUUCAGAGUUUGGUGCUUGUCCCCGAAAGCCUUGUAACAAUGGCUAUUAUCCUAUUCAUGAAGCCGCUAAAAAUGCCAGCUCCAAAACGAUGGAAGUCUUCUUUCAGUGGGCAGAGUCACAUGGAUGUACACGAGAAGAGAUGAUUUCAUUUUACGAUUCAGAAGGCAACGUUCCACUCCAUAGCGCCGUGCAUGGUGGAGACAUAAGAGCGGUUGAAUUGUGCAUCAAUUCAGGGGCAAAAAUUUGUACGCAACAACACGAUUUAUCAACUCCAGUACAUUUAGCUUGCUCACAAGGAGCAUUAGAAAUUGUCAAGCUUAUGUUUCGAAUGCAACCGCAAGAGAAGAAAAUUUGUCUUGCAUGCACUGACGCACAGAAAAUGACUCCACUCCAUUGCGCUGCAAUGUUUGAUUACCCCGAAGUUGUACAAUUUUUGGUUAAAGAAGGUGCUGAUUUGAAUGUUCUAGAUAGAGAAUAUAGAUCGCCUCUUUUGUUGGCCGCGUCGCGUGGUGCAUGGAAAACUGUGCUUGCAUUAAUUCGACUCGGCGCUCAAAUCUCAAUCAAAGACAUAAAUUCUCGGAACGUAUUGCAUCAUGUGAUUAUGAAUGGCGGUCGAUUGGAUGAAUUUGCAACAGAAGUAUCACGUACACAGUUCAAUUUUCAAUUAACGCAAUUGCUUAAUGAAAAAGACAACACAGGUUGCUCCGCGCUGCACUACGCGUCGCGUGAAGGACAUAUUCGUUCUUUGGAAAAUCUGAUACGUUUGGGUGCCUGCAUUAAUUUGAAAAAUAACAAUAACGAGUCGGCAUUACAUUUUGCCGCGAGAUACGGACGAUACCAUACAGUGAAACAAUUGCUCGACUCGGAGAAAGGAACUUUCAUUAUUAACGAGAGCGACGGCGAAGGCUGCACACCUCUUCAUAUCUCAUCUAUGUGUGGACAUACACGUGUGGUGCAAUUGCUUCUUAAUCGUGGUGCUCUGUUGCAUCGCGAUCACAAUGGACGCAAUCCGCUGCAUUUGGCAGCGUCGUCUGGUUACACACAAACCAUGGAACUAUUGCAUUCGGUGCAUUCGCAUCUACUCGAUCAAUGCGACAAAGAUGGGAACACUCCACUGCAUCUGGCAACUAUUGAAAAUAAACCGAAUGCAAUUUCACUGCUAUUGUCGAUGAAUUGUAAGCUUCUCUACAAUUAUAUGGAAAUGAGUGCUAUUGACUAUGCCAUUUACUAUAAAUAUCCGGAGGCUGCCUUGGCCAUGGUAACACACGAAGAACGAUCGGAAGAAGUGAUGAUGUUGAAAUCUGACAAGCAUCCAUGCGUAACGCUGGCUCUAAUUGCAUCGAUGCCACGUGUAUUCGAAGCCGUACAAGACAAAUGUAUCACAAAGGCAAAUUGCAAAAAAGACUCAAAGAGCUUUUACAUCAAAUACUCGUUGUCGUGCUUGCAAUGUCCAACGAUGUACGCGCAAAUGGAUGAAAAAACGGGUGAAGCAGUUCAAAUAUCAAAACCAAUUCCAUUGCCAGCGCUCAAUGCGAUGGUAACACAUGGUCGGGUUGAACUAUUGGCUCAUCCACUCAGUCAGAAAUAUCUGCAAAUGAAAUGGAAUGCUUACGGAAAAUACUUUCACGUGACCAAUCUUCUGAUUUACACUGUUUUCUUGUCAUUUGUCACCAUUUAUGCAUCACAUCUAAUGCAAAUUGUUGGUAUGAAUGAACAUGUGUCAUCUGCAACUCAAAAUUUUAGUGACGACGAAAAGCCUCAAGCUGCGAAAUAUGUGCAUACCACUUAUAAACCACAUACUAUAAACCCAAAUCAAAGUUUCAUUGACAAACAAAUCACUGUUACACCCAUAAUGUGUGUAACGAGCGUUGCGAUUAUUAUUUACAUUGUAUGCAGCACAUUACGCGAAUUCCUCCAAAUUUAUCAACAAAAAUGGCAGUAUUUAUUCGAACCGAACAACUUUGUCUCAUGGAUGUUGUACAUUUCUGCUGGCAUAAUGGUGUCGCCGGUUUUCAACGGCGGUUGGAUUUCCGAUUGCCAUUUUUCAGCUGCAUCACUUACAGUUUUCUUAUCAUGGUUCAAUUUACUACUGUUUUUACAACGAUUUGAUCAAGUUGGCAUUUACGUAGUGAUGUUUUUAGAGAUACUCCAAACGUUGAUCCGAGUACUAAUGGUAUUUUCGAUUCUGAUUAUUGCAUUCGGUUUGGCCUUUUAUAUUGUUUUGUCAAAAUCUAUGUUAUCACAAGAAAUGUCAUCGAGUCAAUGGGCGUUUACGUCGAUCCCGAUGUCUUUGGCACGUACAUUUUCAAUGAUGCUCGGAGAAAUGGAUUUUGUCGGAACUUUUGUUGUACCCUAUUGGCGUCAUGAGCUCCCUUUACCAAUUUCAUCAUUUUUACUAUUAUGUCUUUUCAUGAUUUUGAUGCCAAUCUUAUUGAUGAAUCUGCUCAUCGGUUUGGCGGUGGGUGAUAUUGAGUCAGUUCGACGAAACGCACAGCUUAAGCGAUUGGCAAUGCAAGUCGUACUUCAUACCGAACUUGAACGUAAGCUACCGCAAAUGUGGUUGGAGAAAGCUGAUAAAAUGGAAUUAAUCGAAUAUCCAAACACUCAAAAGUGCAAAUUGGGAAUAUUUGAUAGCGUACUUCGUAAAUGGUUCUGUAAUCCAUUCAAUGAUGAAAAUAAUAUUGACAUGGGCUUCGAAACAUCCGAAGAGAUUUUGGCUGAUGAAAUGGAAAAGCAACGCCGCAAAUUGCAAAGUAUCACCACAACGUUGGAACACCAACAUCAAAUGCUGAGACUUAUCGUUCAGAAAAUGGAGAUAAAAACUGAAGCAGAUGACGUGGAUGAAGGUGUAUCGCCAAAUGACUUGAGAGCUCCCUCAGCAGUCAAUUCAUUUGGCGCACCGACACGAUGGACAUCACCACGCAUUCGCAAAAAGUUGAAACAUGCAAAGAGCUUUAAUAAAUCUUCUUAAACAUUUUAUUGGCCUAUAAUAAUCAAUGUCUGGAAACGUUAUAUGUUUUUAAUGUUAUUUUUUUGCAGCGAAGGUUUGCCUUUGCGCUGAAUUUCGUUUGAGGUUCAGUGUGUGGUAAGGCUGAAAAAAAAUUUAGAGUAUUUAUCUACAUAAAAAUAAUAUAUUAUACUACGUCCAAAAUACUAUUUUUAUGAUUUGGUUUGUUGUUUGGUCAAUUUGAAACACUUAUCCAAAUAAAUACU